GAAGCCUGACCAAGAUGACAUGCCCACCACUGUUGACGCCUUGAAACUCGACCAGGACAAGGAGCAAAUCCGAACCGCCGCUUUGGAGCAGCGUCUUCACGAAAUGACUAAGUCGCCAGCUCCCAAGAAGUGGCGUGAAGACGGGCGUUGCGGGCAGUGGUUCCCUGCUGAAGACGGUAACCCUGCUGAAUGUGACCCGGCAGGUGAUUACGCAUGCUGCUCCGAGUUCACCUGGUGCGGCAAGACUGCGGCCCACUGUGACUGUCCGGCUUGUGUCGACUACAGAAAUACAGGUUCAAACACCCACAGCGAAUCCUGGUCUACAGUUAACAACACUUUCAAUGACAGCAUCCCAUCCUUCAACCCCACCUAAACAUCCUCUCCCUGCACUACCCAAUCCCUGGGCAAAGAUCCCCGACCCAAUCAUUUGUGAAGGUGGACUUAGUCAACCUAGCCUGGUCUUUCAACGGCAAGAUAUUCAUCAAGACUCUCUAAGAUAAACGGUAAUUUAUGCUUCAGUCGACCUGGAUGUGAACGGGGUUUCCAAGUACUGUAUCUAAAACCCCGGUCACAAAGCGCGUACGAUU